CUUGAGAACGUUGUGGCGGCGGCGAGUGAGAGAGGUAAGGAAUAGGCGCUGCUGCUUACUACUGCAUCCUUACCCUCAGAGCUGCCCCACGCCCCGGACAGCAGGUGUGACGCGUCACCCCAGUCAGGAUGAGGUCACGAGAGCGGCAGCGGAGCAGGUCAGGAUCAAGACAGAGGCACCGAAACGGGUCACUGGUGAGAGAUAAGAAUGAAUCACACUCCAGAAGCAAGGUCAGGAAGAGAUCGCGGUCACGGGAGAGGAUGAAGAGGUCAAGAUCGAGGGACAGAAGGUCAAAAUCACGAGAUAAGGUCAGGAGGAGAUCAAGAUCGAGAGACAGGAGGUCAGUUUCGAGAGAGAAGAUCAGGAGGUCCAAAUCAAGAGAUAGGGACAGGAAAAGGUCAGAGUCUGGGACCGAUGAAGAGGAGAGUGAUGAGUCUGGGUCGCCAGAAAGGUCAGACUCGAGUCCAGUGGAAAGUGAGGAGAGCAGGUCACCCUCAAGGGAGAGAAGAGACAAGAAGACAAGAGCAGAGGAAAGCAGGGAGAAGGUGAGGAAGAAAGAGAAGUCACACUCGAGGGAGAGGAGAGAGAGACGGUCACACUCGAGGGAAAGGAGAGGGAAGAGGUCGCACUCAAGGGAGAGAAGAGAGAGAGAGCGGAGAGACAGAAGGUCACACUCGAGGGAAAGACGAGAGAAGCGUUCGCCGGUGAGAGAGAGAAGGGAGAGGAGAUCACCGUCGCAGGAGAGAAGGGAGAGAAGAGAGUGGAAAUCCCCAUCAAGAGAAAGAAGAGAGAGAAGAGAAAGAUCACACUCCAGGGAAAGGAGAGAGAGGAGAUUACACUUGGAGAGAAGGCAACAGUCCCCUUCAAAAGACAGAGAAACAACCCACACGAGAGAACUAAGGCAGGUGAUGUCAAGAGGGGGAGGCAGAUCACACUCAAGAGGGAGGGGCCGGCCACUCUCACACUCCCCCGAGGACACCCGCAGGCACCAGGGAGGCAGGGGGAGAUCCUCAUCGGGGGAGAGAGGCACCAAACGUGACAAGGAAACCAAGAAAAAGAAGGAGAAGAAGAAAAAGAAGAAACACAAGAAGGAGAAGUACUCGUCCUCGUCUUCCUCCUCGCUGUCAUCCUCUGAGAGUGAUGACGGGGUGGGAGGGGAGAUGUCCUUCAUGGAGCGCCUGCAGGAGGAGCGGGCGAGGGCUUUGGAGGACAAGCUGGCCCUCAAGAAACAAAGGAAGCUGCUGGAGACGCCAGCAGAGAAAAGGUUAAGGAGGCUGCAGAAAAAGGAAGCCAAGGAGAGGAAGAGGAAGGAGAAGAUGGGUUGGGACAGCGAGUACCUUCACUUCACCAACGCUGACAACCCCUAUGGCGACAACAACCUUCUUGACACCUUUGUAUGGAAGAAGAAGCUGGAGAAGGAGGGACUUACUGACCUCACCAGGGAGGACAUAGAGAAGAGGAGCCGCGCCAAGAUGGAUGAGAACCGGAUGGAGCUGGAGAAGGUGAAGAAGAGGCGGCAGGAACGGGAGCUGGAGAGGCAGGAGAGGGAGAAGAUGAUGGAGUUGGAGCAAAGGCAGAGGGAGGCAGCUCAGUUCUCUCAGUUCUCAAGACAGGAGGACCAGUUUCAGCUUGAGCAGGCCAGGUUGCGGUCACAGAUUCGUAUCCAGGAUGGGCGAGCCAAGCCAAUCGACCUCCUGGCGCAGUAUGUGAGCUCUGAGGGAGACGUCAGUGCUGUGGACAUGCAUGAGCCCUAUACGCACCUCACGGGCCUCACGCUGGUUGACCUGGAGGACCUGCUGGAGGACAUCAGGGUGUACAUGCAGUUGGAGAAGGAGGACAUCAAUCAGAGCUACUGGAACGACCUGAUCACCAUCGUGCAGGACGAGCUGCGGCGUCUCAGACAGCGGGACGUGGCCUCCAUCGACCUCUCGGCCCACCACCGGCAGGGCAUCCACGCCGCUGUGGCCUCGGACGUGUCCAGCGUAUUCGUCAACAAGUCUGUGGCCGAACUGAACCAGCUGCAGCGGAACAUUGAGAUGAAACUGGCCGGCCCCACCACCGGACUGGACAUCGGCUACUGGGAGUCACUUCUCUCGCAGCUCAGAGCCCACCAGGCCCGGGCAAGACUGAGGGAGAGACACAGAGACAACCUGCGAAAGAAACUGGAGAUGCUCAAGGCAGAACAGGGCGUCAAGGAGGAGGAUGAAGAAGAGGAGGAAGAUGAAGAGGAGGAGGAGGAGGAGCAGCAACAGGAAGAGCCCCAGCGAAUGGAAAGGGUGGAGGAGCGGCCUGUUGUGACAGUGAAGGAAGAAGUAGAGAAGGAGGAAGAGGAGAGGGGGGGGGAGGGGGAGGGGGAGGAAUGGGACUCUGAGUGUGAAGGGGACAGUGCCAUACAAGCGUCCCUGGCAUUGUAUGUAUCUGGCCGUUACUCUCCUCGUCUGAUGGCACUGAACAAGUUGGAGCCAGGCACAGUAGUGGUGGAUGAGGCAGAGGACACACAGCGGCUGGCCUGGGCACGGCAGAGGGUGGUGGGGGCAGGCCAGGCAGUGGAGAGUGUGCUGACGGCAGAAGAGAAGGUUAUGCAGAGGGAGGCACAGCGGGCGAUGACCAGUGAGGAGGCUCAGUUCAGCGUGGAGGCGCGGCUCGACCCACAGCACUUCCUCUGGUCCGACAAGUACAGGCCACGUAAGCCUCGCUACUUCAACCGUGUGCAUACCGGCUUUGAGUGGAACAAGUACAACCAGACACACUACGACAUGGACAACCCUCCGCCCAAGAUCGUCCAGGGGUACAAGUUCAAUAUAUUCUACCCUGACCUCAUUGACAAGUCCAAGACGCCGCAGUACGAACUCAUCCCCUGCAGUGACAACCGGGACUUUGCACUGCUCAAGUUCACCGCCGGGCCACCCUACGAGGCCAUUGCGUUCAAGAUUGUGAACCGCGAGUGGGAGUACUCCUACAAGAGGGGCUUCCGUUGCCAGUUCCACAAUAAUAUCUUCCAGCUGUGGUUCCAUUUCAAGCGUUAUCGGUACAGGAGGUAGUCUGAGGCAAGGGGAGGUUGAAGGGCAGGGAGCAAUAGGUAUAGUUACAGUACAGUUUGCUUACAGUGGGGUUUGGGAAGGAAUAGGGAAAGAAGGAAGGGGUAAGGAGUAUUUUCAAGGAAUAUUACUGGAGGGUUGAGGGGAGGGUCAAAGGGCAGGACUUUAAGGCUAGUUUACAGAUUUGCAAAGGGAGAAAGGAGAGAAACAAGGGGUGAUGGGGAUGUUUUCAAGCAGUAUUCAUAAAGAAGGUCGUUAUAAGACUGCGGGGACAAGGGAAGGAUGAUUGAUUGUAACAGAGAGAGCAAAGGAGAUUAAAGUGAUGAAAAUGGGAAGAAAGGGAAUGUGUAGUGAAUGAAAGAAGUUAAAUAAAUAAUGAGGCCGAAGAUAUAAGAAAGUAAGAUUCAGGUGUGGAAGAAAGAAUGUGUAGUGAAUGCAAUAAGUUAAAGAAUGUGCAGCAAAUGAAAAAAAAGUUAAACAAGCAGUGAGGGUACAAAUAGAAGAAAAGCAAAAUUUGGCUGUGGAGGAAAGAGAAUGCAUAGUAAAUUGAACAAGAACUGAAUAAUUGAAUAGGAAUGAAAGAGGAAGCAGAAAAGGUAAUGAUGCAUGCAAGGAAACUGAGACUUUGUGUGGCAUGCAAGACACAAGCCAGGAUCCCAGCAGCUGUGAGAGUGUAAUGGGUUAUCAGAAGCGGCUGUGGUGUACAGAGAAGAGGCAGUGAAAGUAAUGAAACUGUACCACAUUUGGCAUUUACAGGAAAGGUGAAGGAUUGAAAUAUGCACUUGUGGGGGCUGGAGGAUCAAAUGCAGCAUCUUAACCUGUUUACUGCUUGAUAAAUUUUCUCAUAAUUCCCUUUAAACUUGGUCAGCAUCUUAACUCAUUCAUCUCACAAAUUUUCCCAUAAUCCCAUAAAACCUCACCAGCAUCUUAAACUUAUUGUUGCCUCACUAAUUUUCCCAUAAUUCCUGUAAAACCUGGGCACCUUAACUCAUUCACUGCCCCUUUUCUCAGAAUCCUUUAACCCUUUCACUGAUAUGCAACAACUUAACAUUAACCCUUUCAUUACAAGACAUUUUCCCCAUAAUCCCUUGGCAUUUUCUAAACAUUUUUAUAAUACAGUAUAUUAGUUUCAUAGCAUGGAAAAUAGAAAACAAACUUCUUAUUCUUUCAGUUCUUCAUAAUUAUGCCAAUGCUAAUUUUGCUCCUAUACUGCUCUCAACAUUACCGAAAGAUGACAAAAGCAGUGAAAUGAUUAAGAACACUGUACAAAACACUAAGGCACCUACAAGAAAAAAUAUGAUUAAAAGAGUAGAUUUUCCUAUUUCUCGCCAAUAUAAAGUUCAGCGAAGGCCGUGGAACGAAAGGAAGUGUUUCAGAGAUGUGUGUGAUGCAAUAACAGUGUGUCAAAUAGCACUGGGAGUCAAAACUGAUGCUUUUUAUACUGCAGCCUCAGACCUGUAGCCCAGAAAACUAAAUUAUGCUGUUCUCUAUACUUCAGCUAACUUAGAGUAUGUUUCCUUCCAUCCUUCUUUCAGUUUUUCCUUCCUUCUUUGUUUCUGUACUUUAUUCCUUUUUUUCCUUCCAUCUUUCUUUUUUUUGUCUUCCUUCUUCCUUUAUGUAUUUCCUUUCUUUAUUCCUUCUUUUCCUUCCAUCCUUUUUUCCUUCCUUUCUUUCCUUUAUUCCUUGUUUUCUCUUUUCCAUCCAUCCUUCUCUUCUUUCUCUUUUUCUUCCAUCCUUUUUUUCUUUUCCCUUCUUCCUUCCUCUCCUUUAUUCCUUCUUUUUUCCUUCCCUCUUCCUUUCUCUCUCUCCCCUUUAUUCCUCCUACAAGCAAUUCCUUUCAUGGUGGCAUAAGAGCUGGCAACAGUGUACCAUAGUUUGCAAUGACCUACCAAAGCAGUGGAGAGUGAAGGUAAUUUGUCUGCAGAGAAAAGUGAAAUGACUGGAGUAGUAUAAUUUUUAUGAGUGGCAGUGGGGUUGGUGCAAGACAGUUAGUUACCUGCAGUGAAAUGGGGAGGCAGACUGCUGGAGUACAUAAGAGAAAGGGGGCAAGAGAAUGGGAGGGUCAGUGCUUGAAGUAAGGAAUGAAGGUACAGGAAAAAGAGAAAGGGAAAUAAAAAGUUUGUUGUAACUACUGCUUAGGGGUAUUCACUGUAUAUGUGAGAGGUUGAUUGAUAAAAAGAAGGAAAAAUAUAAGGAAAUCCAACUAUGUAUAUUGUAACAGGGAUGUGGAUAAAGAAAAGAGAUGAAAGUAUGUUAUAACAAGUGUUUGGGAUAUUAAGAUGUGAGAGAUAGACUGAUAGAAAGAAUGAAAAAAAAUAAGUAAAUCUAACAAUGUACCUUAUAAUUUAGUGAUUCAUGGUGACAUAAGCUAUUUAGUAUGUGUGUGUGUAAGUGUGUGUGUGUGUGUGUGUGUGUGUGUGUGUGUGUGUGUGUGUGUGUGUGUGUGAGGUAACAGGCAGUGUCCACUUAAACCCAUCAGCAUCAAUGUGCAGUGAUAGGUGAGAGGGGAGGGUACUGGAGUGAGGGCCUGUGCUUCCCUUGCCUCUCUCAACAGGCCGGCCAAGGAAGUGUCUGUGUAAAAAAUAUAUGAUUAGUACACUGUAAAGUUGUCAUAUUUUUUAAAUGAACUAUAAUGUGUGUAA